AUGUCGAGGGAACGCUCCCACGCCGCGUUCGUCGUCCUAUCCUGCGCGGCGGUGCUGCUGACCCUCCUCGGCGUGGUUGGCAUCUCGCGCUCGGUGCUGGCGUCGUCGGUGGGGCCCGCGGCCGCGCGCGGGUCCGCCGCGCUCGGCGACGACCCCGCGCGCCUCGGCGGCGCCCGAGCGGCGCACGCCCGACGAUGCGCUGACGUUCGCAUCGUCGGCGCGGGCAUCGUCCCCCGCACCGCCUCCGAGGACGGCGAGUGGUGGCUCGGGUACCCGCUCGGCGAGCAGGUGGACGACGUGCCGACGCACUACUCGCACAUCAUGAGAAACUUCGUCCCGUCGGUGCUGCGAUGCACGGCGGUCAACGGACCGGGGGCGUGCUACGACGUGCACCUUCCGCUCGCGCGGCUGCGCGAGUUGGGCGCGGGGAAGGACGCGCUCAUCGAGGCGGUCACGACGGAGGUGGCGUCGCUCGUCAACAACGCGACGGUGACAUUCGUGGAUACAUCGGGACAAGUCGCCGUCUCUCAUCACGCGGGGGGAGGAGAAGUUCGUCGCGCGUCGUCGACGUCGAACGACGCCCGCCCGCGCGGCGCCCUGGGCGUCCGCCGCGCGGGUCCCAGCCGGAUCCAACCCCAGACGACGACGACGACGACGUCCGGUGACUCACCGCCCGGUGACUCACCGCCCAGGUUGUGCAAGGCGGACGACGCCUCCGCGACGACCCUCUACGCGCCGCUCCGUCGCGUCGCGUCCGCCAACGCCAAGUACUGGGGCGAGGCCUGCGCCGACGCGCCCGAGGUGGUCCACGUCGUUCGCGGCGACGUCGACGCCAUCGCGCGGGAGAUGAACGUCCGCAGCGUGGAACACCUCACAGACGACGAGCUGCUGGAACGAAAAGUUCGCGCGGUGACAAACCCGGAGGAGGUUGACGCGUUUCUCCGUCGGUGGGCGAGUAAGCGCGGGUGGCGGUUCGGCCGCGUCGUCGCGGACGGCAUGUCCGUCACGGAGCAGCGCCGCGCGUUCUGCAACGCGCGCGUGGUGUUUGGUGUGCACGGCGCGGGGCUGAUAAACGUGCUGUGGGCGGGGGGCGAAGGUCGGCGGUGGUUGAUCGACGUUCCGCCGGGUGACGACGGUUGGUUCGGCGAGGUGUGCGACGUCAACGGCGUGCGGUACACCCGGUCCACCACCGGGCACCUGACGAAGGACGCGAGUUACGCGACCAAGUUUGAAGGGGACAGGGUGGCGCUCGUGGGGUGGACGAGGGUGAACGUGCGGGGGUUGGAACGAGACAUGGAACGCGCGGGCGUCGGCGUAGAGGAGGAGGAGGAGGAGGAUCGCUCGCAGCGCGAGUCUGGGUCCAGCACUCCAGCCACGACAGCACAGCUUCCUGCGUCAUCACUUCCCGACCGCGCGCCAAUGACGUCGGUCGUGCCCACCCUCUCGCUCGCUCCCGCGCCGCGCGCUACCCCUCCCGCGCGCCGCGCGCUCGUCCAGGCGCGCGCGGCGCCCACCCCGCCCGGCGCGCCCUCCCCACCCGCGAGAGCGUCGAGGCGCGCCGUCUUCGGUGCCGCGUUAUCCGCGACGAUCUCGAGCCUGCUGGCGUCACCCGUCAAGGGCGCGUUCGCCGCGGAGGAGGGCGUCGUCGAGUCGAGCCUUCCCCUGACUUCGCCCGCGGCCGCGCUCGGCGACCUCGCCGUCGCCGCGCCCGGCGCGGAGGUGUACUUCGGCAACGGGUGCUUCUGGGGCCGCCAGCACGAGUUCGUGCAGACGGAGCGCACGCAGCUGGGGCGCACGGACGACGAGGUAAGCUCGCUCGUCGGGUACGCGGGAGGUUUCUCGACGGAAGGAAAGGACGGCAAGGUGUGCUACUACUACGGGAGCCCGGACACGGUGUACGAGCGCCUCGGCCACGGCGAGGUGGUGCGCACGGUGCUGAGCGACGCGUCACCGGAGAAGGCGACGGAGGACCUCCGAGCGUUCGCCAGGACCUACUUUGCCAACUUUAAGAAGAUUCGGGGGUUCGGCAUGCAGCGGCUGGACCCGCAAGACGCGGGCGCGGGAUACAGGAACAUGAUCGGCGUCCCCGGGGGAAUCGACUCGCCGCUCAUGAAGAUCAUCGAGGAGGAGAACGUGAACGGCAUGAGACUGUUACCCGGCGAGGGUAACGCGCCGAACCAGAAACCCGCCGAAGACGACGUCUUCAACGCGGUUUGGAUCUACGACUCGGACCGCCUGCCGUUUUAUCCCGCGGAGGUGUACCACCAGUUCCACGACGGGCUGGGGUACAGGUUCCCGGAGGAGUACACGGUGGAGCUCAAGAAGAACGCCAUGCGCCGGGGGCUCGUCAAGGACACGGGGUGCCCGGAGAUGCGCGAACGGAGGUUCGCAGAGUUCGAGUCCAUCGCUUCGUGA